GGCAACGCGUGUCUUUUGGGUAAAUGAUUUUGUUCCAAUUUUUUUUAAUGAAAAUGGGCAAGAAAAACCAAAACGCCCUAGGGAAGAGUAUCAUAAAGCAUAGCGCUAAGAGUAGGGGGAAUAUCAAGCACGCAAAUAGUUGGUUACAUAGCAGUGAAGUUGAUAAUGAAGCUGGACCUAAUCUACAGUCCAUCACAGAACAAAGUGCUUUGGAUGAUUUCUUGGCAACAGCUGAACUUGCUGGCACAGAGUUUGCAGCAGAAAAGUUGAAUACAACAAUUGUGACACCAGGAAGUAAUUUAGGUCUCCUGAGUAGUGAAACUGCUGCUGCCAUUAAACAAGCACAGAGGGAAAACCAGCACUUCCUCAGGAUUCCCCGCAGGCCAAACUGGAACGAACACAUGACAGCUGAGGAACUAGACCAACUAGAAAAGGAGAGUUUUCUUGAAUGGAGAAGACACCUUGCACAGUUGCAAGAGAAAGAAUAUAUACUUCUUACACCAUUUGAGCGUAAUCUUGGGUUUUGGAGACAGUUGUGGAGAGUGAUUGAACGCAGUGAUGUAGUUGUCCAGAUUGUAGAUGCAAGGAAUCCCCUCUUGUUUAGAUGUGAAGAUUUGGAGAAUUAUGUGAAAGAAGUGUAUCCAAAAAAAUGCAACCUUCUUCUUGUAAAUAAAGCAGACUUGUUAUCUCCAGAGCAGAGAUAUUCCUGGUCAAGAUAUUUCAGAAAUGUUGGGUUACCAGUGGCUUUCUGGUCUGCACAACAAGAGAAUGAGCGGCUCUCAGUUUUAAAUGCUGCUUCUGAAGAGGAAGAAGAGGAAGAGAACUCUGAACAAGAUGAAGAGAAAAUAGAAGGGGUGGAAGACAAUGAACUGGAAGAAUAUGAAGAACAAAGUGCUACAUUGUGGUCAAAACUCUCACAAAUGACUUUUGAAAAUGAUGAUCAACAAGACACUCUUCAGGAUCCUAGUGCUGUACCUCGUACAGAUAAAGUGUCCUUAACUUCACAUGAUAAUUUAUCUGAAGAUAAAUGUGAAUAUUUAAUGUUAUCUUCCCAGAGCACGAUUGACACAGACUUGAAACAUUUGGGGUCAAAUGUUCAAGACAAGGGUGACAGUUCAUUGUAUUCCUGUCAAAGUGACCUGUGCUUGGAUGCAGAACAAGAAAAACAACCUUCUGUCAAUGCAAAGACUGAAAGUGUAUCUGGUCAUGAUUCAGUCAGUGAAAUAUCCUCAAUGAAAGGACUCAAAGAACUAAAAACGACUGAUGACAGUAUUGAUCCCAGUGUGGAAAAUGCAUCAGAGGUUACUGACCAGUCUAAUGCAGACGUUGAAAGCUUUGAUGAUGAGUUCUCAGCAAAGCUACUAACAAGAGAUGAGUUGUUAGCUUUGUUUAAAAUACUACAUAUGAAAAAGAUACAAGAAACAGUCGGUGAUUCACAUAGUAUCCUCACUACUGUUGGUUUGGUUGGGUAUCCUAAUGUGGGGAAAAGUUCAACAAUCAACACACUUCUAAAUGACAAGAAAGUUCCAGUAUCAGCUACUCCUGGACGAACAAAGCACUUUCAGACACUGUUUGUCAAUGAUGAGGUGCUGCUGUGCGACUGUCCAGGCCUGGUUUUCCCGUCAUUUGUGUCCACUAAAGCCGACAUGAUCCUCAAUGGAAUCUUACCGAUUGACCAGAUGAGAGACCAUGUCCCAGCUGUGUCUCUGCUUUGUCAGAGAAUCCCUCGCGGUGUUCUUGAAAUAGUUUAUGGUAUAAACAUUGCCCUGCCCCAGGAAGGAGAGGAUCCCAACAGAGCUCCUUAUGCCGAAGAGCUGCUUUACGCUUAUGGCUAUACCAGAGGUUUUAUGACAUCACAUGGUAUUCCGGAUGAAUCCAGGUCAGCUCGAUAUGUUCUCAAGGAUUAUGUUAAGGGCAAACUUCUCUAUUGCAUUGCACCUCCUGGACAGCACGAAAGUGAAUUUCAGAAGAUUGGAUACAAACUGCAGAGCGUUGCUGACAUUGAAUGGAAAGAUAAGCAAGCCAAGCAGAGAGCUCUGAAACAGACGAGUGAUGUGGACAAGAAGUUCUUUAAGCAGCAGGGGCAAGUUCGCUGGUUUACGCGAGGUUUUCACGCCACAGAAUCAAGCCAAUAUGGGGCGGCAAUCCCGGCACAAGAGGGUAAUGCAGGCAUGCCUUAUAAACCGUGGAAGAAGCACUAUAACAGAAACAAGAGGGAGAAACUCCGUAGGCUCGUGAAGAAGUAAAAUUAUGCCAGGAUCACAGACAUCAUAGUUGUAUUAAUUCUAUUUUUACUUGUUAUCGACAAUUCGUCAAAGUGCAUUGAAAUAUAUUCACCGAACUAUUGAUCAGAAUUAACAGCUUGGCUAUUACCAUUAUGAAAGAGCAGAAAAAAGGAACAAAUUAAAAAAAAAAACUUUCCUUGAUCAUUUUGAAUAUAUAUUUAGCCAACGUUUUAAUUGGUUUUUGUGGCGAGAAUAGCAACUUUAACGAUCAUAGGUGAUUAUUCAGCGGUGUUCAGGUCGAACUGAAGAUAUCUCUGAUACAUCCUCGACUUGCAAUCUCUAAUUUUGUUAUUUUAUUGCACGCAGUUUCUUACAAACUUAGUACCGAAACACAAGUUCGUAGCCAGGUGAAUAGAUAAAGUCGGUUUCCUUCCUGUGCCAGAUAAUUUACACAAUUCUCUUAUGUGAAAUGAUGAUAAGAGUCUGAUGCAGAGAACACGGUACUAAAAACAGCCUGAGAGAAAGCAGUUAAACGAAGUUGAUUGCUUUUCCGCAUAUUCCCGAAGUGGUCUGUUGGUAGCCUUUUAGUGUUGGGAUGAAAAAAGUUGCCUCUUAAAUUUAAAAAAAAGGAAGGAUUUAUAAAAUGCGUGAAAGAUGGGGCAUCCUGAUCCCACUGAUAUGUAUGAGUUUAAUUGAGAGUCAUCUGUCGAACAGCAAGUGACUCCAUAACUUAAUCUUCCAUGACUAAGUAAAUAGGUGACUUUGAUGCCCGCUAAUAUUUUAGAGAGUGUACUUUUCAUCUAUGUUGCUGUCAUGGAUAUUUUGUAGGCACUUAUAAAUCUUCAUUAAUGUCUUUUGUUUUGAUAAGUUGGGAACAAGAAUGACUGCUGCUAUUUACC